CUGCCGGCGCCGCGAGGGGCGGCCGGCGGGGAGGGGCGCGGGGCCGCCCCCGCUGAGUGACGGCCGCGCCGGGGCCGCGGGGCCGCAGCGGCGGAGCGGAGCGGAGCGGAGCGGGGCGCGGGCAGGACGCGCCGCCCGGGCACGGGAUCCUGUUUCAGUGUAAAAGUAAGGUUCACCAGACUCCUCUAAGAUGUCUUACAGAAAGGAGCUAGAAAAAUACCGAGACCUCGAUGAAGACAAGAUCCUUGGAGCUCUGACAGAGGAGGAGCUCAGGAAGUUAGAAAAUGAACUUGAAGAGCUGGAUCCUGAUAACGCACUGCUGCCGGCAGGGCUCCGACAGAGGGACCAGACGCAAAAGCCACCAACUGGCCCGUUCAAAAGGGAGGAACUCAUGGCCCACCUGGAAAAGCAGGCAAAAGAUAUUAAAGACAGAGAAGACCUGGUUCCUUUCACAGGAGAAAAGAGAGGAAAAGCUUGGAUCCCCAAGCAGAAGCCAAUGGAUCCUGUUUUGGAAAGUGUGACUUUGGAGCCAGAACUGGAGGAAGCCCUUGCUAAUGCCUCUGAUGCAGAGCUCUGUGACAUUGCUGCCAUCCUUGGCAUGCACACCUUGAUGAGUAACCAGCAGUACUAUGAGGCACUGGGGAGCAGCACAAUAGUGAACAAAGAAGGGCUCAACAGUGUGAUUAAGCCCACACAGUACAAACCAGUUCCAGAUGAAGAACCAAACUCAACAGAUGUGGAAGAGACUCUGAAACGAAUACAAAACAACGACCCUGACCUUGAGGAAGUCAACCUUAAUAAUAUUAGGAAUAUUCCCAUCCCAACUUUAAAAGCCUGUGCUGAAGCACUGAAGAACAACACCUAUGUAAAGAAGUUCAGUAUAGUUGGAACAAGGAGCAAUGAUCCGGUUGCUUUUGCACUGGCAGAAAUGCUGAAGGCGAAUAACACGUUGAAGACCCUGAAUGUUGAGUCAAACUUCAUUUCUGGGUCAGGGAUCUUGGCUGUUGUUGAAGCACUCCAGUAUAACACAUCACUCAUAGAGCUUCGAAUCGACAACCAGAGCCAGCCUCUGGGCAAUAAAGUAGAAAUGGAAAUCGCAAACAUGCUGGAAAAAAACACCUCCCUGCUGAAGUUCGGUUACCAUUUCACUCAGCAAGGUCCCCGGCUGCGUGCGUCUAAUGCCAUGAUGAACAACAAUGACCUAGCUCGCAUUCAUCGGUGUGAUGGUGUCUGGCAAUAGCUUCUCAGCUCUACACCUGGACAAUUGAGGAAGAGAAGACUUGCAGAGUUGAAUGGGCCUAUUUUUCCCAAGUGCAGAACUGGAGUGUAGCUCCUGGCUACAAAGGUCGUUCCUGGUGAUCUGUGCUGUACUGUGGAAAUCUAAAGGCAACAAGUGCCUUGACAGAGUAUUUGUGGUGACUCGGUUCUGUGUUAUGCACUAACAGUUUAAAUUAACUAGCGGCUGUAGUUGAAGAUUUUAUCCAGUAGGACUAUUGGUGUUUUCUGUAGAGCUGGAAACUAUUCAAGCCAGUAACAAUUUGCCAAUUUUAAGCAAUCUUGGUUUAGAGUACAUCCCAGUGUAAAAGUGACUAUUAAUCAACCUAAGACCUAAUUUUUCUAUAAAUUUCCUGCACGGUGUUUCAUAUAGUUAGGAUGUGGUAUGCAUGAGUGAAAAAUACUACUGUUCCACACAAAUUAUAGAAGUAUUAAAAAAAUACUUUAUUUUUUUUUCAAAUUGAUCUCAAGUAACUAUAGAGAAGCAACUAGUUUAACAAGCACUUCUGCUAUCCUGAAAUAUGGUUAAUGUAAGGAAUUUUUACCAGCUUUUGCUGAGUCAGUUAGUUGGAGAUGCUGUUUCAAAUGCAUCCCUGUUUCUUAAAAAAAGAUUUUUUUUCUCCACACAGAUUAAAAGGAACAUAAGGCCACCAAUUACAAAAUAAUGGAUUCUCAAAAACUGAGCACUGUAGGAUGGAUUGUUUAAUAUCCUCCUGUCCUAUGCAUGUCUGAGUAAAGCUUCCUCCAUUAGAGAUUUGAUAUGAAUCCUAACUCCACAGAGAUGGCCUAACUAAUCAGCAGACCAGGGUCCUCUGUUCCAACCCCCGCUCCCUUCAAGUUUGUAAUGUUAAAAGCAUGUCCAGAGCCUUACCGGACAUACGUUAAAUCCUUACUCUUCGCUGUUCUGCCUAAUGACCCUGUCCAUUAAUUAAACUAUUCUGCUAGGAAUUGUUUCUCCCGCGACCAUCCCUCACAUCUGCAUAAAGGCAGCACUGAACAGCGUGCCAUAGCAAAGGUGUUACUUGAAAUAUUCUGACUCUGAACUCCUGCUGCACACGCACAGUUUUCUGUCAGAAAGUCUACGACCCUUAAUCUAGCCUGGGAGGAAUUCCCCAUAGGCUUACGUAGCUCCCAGACUUUGAGUGGAUGGGACCCAAGACUAUCCCAUCCAAAACUCCUGCUGUUGACUUGGAUGGGAUCAUGUUUGAUAGGAAGAGUCUCCCUGACAGAAGUGCUGUCAUACCAAAGCCUUAUUCUUUCUUUGAUGACAAUAUGUCCUAGCAAAUGUUCUCACUUACUAGAAAUCUGUCUGCACGCAUCUGUUAAGAGUAUUUAGCAGCCUUUACGCAUAUUCCAGCAAAAGUCCCACAGAUUUCAACAGAGUUUGUGCACAAAUGCCACAGAGGAUUUAGCUCUGACCAAUGACAUUGUACUGUCAACAAUGUGGGAAACAUAUUUGUUACUCUUCAAAUCUUAAUAAAUGUGUCAGCAGCGUCAAAUAAACUGUUUCACUACA